CGCUACAGGCCCCUUGUUCUUCUUAGCGCUCCAACAGCGAGAUCGGUCAGCUUCGUACUUCGUACUUGCCUGGUUGUUGCAUUGGCGCCCCCACGGAGAUGUCGAUCCACUCUGGAUUAUCAAUCUGAUAAGAUCCCUAACUCCUCGCUCGAGGAGACUACCUACAAUAUACCUAGACCAUUCUCCCUACCUAUCUACUCUACUUCCUUCUUGGAUGACCUCGCAAUGCUUCCAGACAUCGGCACUGGUCACCGAGGCUGGGCACGCGACGUCUUUCGCCAAAGUCUCAGAACAUCUCAACUUGUGUCUGCUUCCAGCAACAACACAUCGGGUCGUCUGGAUGACCCGGAGAACCAGAAAUGGGUGCAGGAUCUAAUCCGCUACAUCUUAGAGGGGCGUGUCAUCGCUGCCUCGUAUAACAUUGCCCUCCUUUUUAUUUUAUUCUUACUCACUGUAUCGCAUGUCUGUAGGCAUGUUAUUGACCGUCGUAAGCGGAAAAACAUCGAGCGAGACAUCACCAGCACCGCCGGAAAUGCCGUUCCCGAGACGGCCGAGGACGGCGAAAAUGGCGCCGAUUCGUCAUCUAGCAGCACCCUAGAGGGUUCGCUGCUCCCCCAGCCCAUCCACCUUAGAUUGAUCCAUUUCAAACAUGACCAUGUUGAUGUUGAGCGCCAGCCACUUCUUGGGAGCCGGCGACGACCGCAACGCAGCAUCUUUUCUUUUAUUUCUUCCUUGCUGAUGUACCAGCCAAGCCCCGUCCUCGGCCGUGUCCUGCCCUCCAAUGGAACAUCGAUUGUUGUGGCCGGAUAUUACGGCCUUAAUAUCUUCGCACAUCUUUAUAAGCUUCCAUUCGAAGCGAAGCAUUUUUUCGCUUUUGCUGAUCGCGCAGGUUUUGUAUUUAUCGUCAACAUGCCUCUCCUAUAUCUCCUCGCGGCCAAGAAUCAGCCACUGAAGCGGCUCACGGGCCAUUCCUAUGAGGCUCUUAACAUUUACCAUCGACGAGUGGGUGAGUGGAUGUGCUUCGAGGCGCUUGUCCACUUUGUCGGCAUGGUUAUCUGGAGGCUAUGCCUGGAGCCUGAAUGGCUCGCUACCGAAAGCAUCUGGCAUUAUUUCACGCACCCCCUGGUUCUCGAGGGGAUAGGUGCAUUUGUGUCUUAUGAAUUGCUGUACUUCACGUCACUUAGAAGCUUUCGGGAGAGGUGGUAUGAGUUGUUUCUCGCCUCUCACGUCGUACUGCAGAUCGCUGCGCUUGUGUUUGUCUGGUUUCACUUCUUCACCAGUCGGCCGUACGUUCUUGCCUCAUUGGUGAUCUUCGUCUCAGACCGAAUCGUGUGGCGUAUAGGGAUGAAAUCAGUGACUGUAACGGCUGAUGUCGAGGUUCUCGAAGAUGGCGACACCGUACGACUCUCCGCUAACUGGGACAUUUCGCCUGAGGAUCUGAAGAGAGCGCCAUGGAGGGUCUUUGGCCAGAACAUAUCGCAUGGAUGGCUACCGGCUGACCAUGUAUUUAUAUCAAUCCCUAGUCUUGGCGGGAGCAAUGCUCUGCAGGCGCACCCUUUCACAAUUGCAUCCGCAGCCCCCGGUCUUGGCGGCAUCGCCACACGCGCCCAGCUCGAUCUUUUGAUUCGCGCAUAUUCCGGGUUCACUUCAGAACUCCUUGGGCAUGCACGAUUGAGCUCUACGGUCUCGGUAAGAAUCGAUGGCCCCUAUGGCUCCCAGGAUCCGCUCAACGCACUCAGAGCAAGUAAGACAGCUGUGCUCAUCGCCGGCGGCUCCGGUAUAGCCGUUGUCUUUCCACUGCUCUGGGACCUAGCCAUAACACACCCGGGGAGAAGGGAAAUCUACCUCAUGUGGGUAAUCCAUUCUAGGUCUCAGCGGUCGUGGGUGUCAGCGGAUCGAUUAGAUGAACUGCGCCAAGCUGGUGUCAGAAUUGUUAUCCCACGACCUACAGUCGAAGUAGGCAGGCCGAAUAUCGCUAACUAUAUUACGGGAAUUGCUCGCGCGUCUGUAGCUGAUAUUGGCGUAGUAGUUUCGGGACCCGAUGGGCUAAACAGGACUGUUAGAAACACCUGUGCGCGAGAAGUUCGGUCGGGAAUGAACAUAGAUCUGCGAGUAGAGAAGUUUGGCUGGUGAUACAUAGGACCGAGUGAGUGUCGCGGCGAGUUAACCCAGAUUCACCACAGGCGUUUUUGUAUAUAGUAUUAGCAUUGCUAC